CUUCUUGCCAGUUACUUAGCAGACAAUUCUCUAGCCUUUGUACUCAAUUCCAUUUUCCUCGUCAUGAUAUUACCUAGAGGCUACAUUCGGAUGUUUAUCUCCUGGUUGAGGCCCAUCAUCAGGACCACCGCAUUUCGGACAUAUACGAGUAUCCUCUCUCUCCUCCUGCGGGUGUUUCGACACUGUCAAGCCAUCAUUGGUGGAAAAGAGAGAGUCUUUCGAGAACCAGGCUUAGCGUUGAGUUCUCAGCCGGCACCCGCCAAUCAAAAGAAAUCAACUUCUGUCACGCUCGCAGUGCCAUUGUUUCAACCUCCAUGUAUGAUUUCUAUGCCCGAGCCCAGCACCACCACAAGUAUCGUUACGCCAUCGCACCCUGUGGCGCCAGGACAAUCCUUUGAUAGUAUCACUCUGACUCCCAGCACACCUGGACAAAUCAAGCGAUACGAUAGGAUUGAACUGUAUGCACAUCAUAUUUUUCGAGCGCUUUGCCUUUCUAAUCAGCCACAGGAGCUUGCUCUGGUGUCUGGAUGGGAACCGCUCACGCACCCAGAAGGCGCUUUGUUUUUCUAUCACUCGCAUAAAAGAGUUUUUACUGAUGCUGAUAUUCGAGCCUCUGGAAUGGUGGACAACAUAGGUAAGGCUGUUGAGAAGGCGUACAAAGAAGUGGAAAACGCAGGCAUCAAAUUACGUUCAUCCGUCGAGUUAGUAUUGGAGCCCAUGGAAGGGGAUCGCGAAGAAUGGGGCUAUUACUUUGCCGAUCACGACAGCCGUGUUAUUUUCUGGUUCGAAGCUCACCAAUCCGGUGGUCUCAUUGGUAACGUCCGAGGCGUAAAGUGCGGUGAUCACAUCAGAUAUGCAUUAGAAUCACAGUACUGGCUACACGUCGAACUAUAUCCAAAUAAACGCUCCCUUCCGAAAGAUGUUGUUGUGAGACUCAGAGAAAUUGUGAUGUAUACCCAGGCAGACAAUAUAACUUCUGACACAUCCUUAGCGCCUUUUUCUUCGGAAGAGGUUGCAAGUAUGCUUAGCCUUAUGGAUCCUCUCAUGAACAGUGCUGACAUUGAGGAUGAGCAUGCACAUGAGCAUUCUGUGUGGAUUGUCGCUCGAUUUAUGGGAGAAUUCUGCAACGUCAAAUUUGUGAAUUUUUGUGGACAACCAGGCGCCCGGCUUAACGCAGACAAGUCACUGUACGGAGAUCCCAACACCCGCUCGAAUAACAUCCUUCGCGUCAUUAAUUUCAUGCUUUUUGGAUCUCCUAAUGCUUAUAACAAGGCUGUUCAAAAGAUAUGGGUCGAUUCAACAAUCGUUCAACCGCGGUGGAUGAAUUUUAUCAACAGACUCAACAGUGAAUGGAAUGGAUACACAAUAUUCUCUACUGUGAUGCUUGCUGUCGAUAUCAGCUUUCUCGCGGUACCAUCCGUCCAGACUCAAGAUGCUGCGAUUCUCGUCUCCUACAUGUCUACUCUCUGUGCUAUGGGAUCGUUAGUGGUCUCACUAGUCUUAGCCGGACAAGUCAAUGACAGCCGGCAAGACUCCGCUAAAAGCGUGGCCUCAUUUAUGGAAAGGAUGUCGACCUUGCCCUCACUGCUCAGUCUGCCGUAUGCUCUUCUGAUUUGGGGAAUGGUAUUCUUUGCUGCCGCGUUGUCCAUCAUGAUUUUUAACACUUCUGGUGUCGUCACCAUCUCGAUUAUAUCUCCCAUUUGGGUCGCUAUUUUUAUUCUAGCGACAUGGCCGGUACUGGCUUCCAAUGAUGUUCACAUCUCUGGCCUGCUCCCCUGGAUCACAGAACAGAUCAAGUCCCAUCCCAUAUCCUCGUGGACCGCUACCAGGUCUCGCGUCGAAUCUAAUGUAUAAUUUGUCGUAAUUUUGCGUAACGUGUACGGUUGUAUCUGAUAGUUUAGUUGUUUUAUUUGAUACGUCAUUCACAUAUCGUUGUUUUACACUUUUCGACUCUGGAA